GUGUUUAGCCAGCGGGGUAAUCUGCAGAUGAAUCACGGAACAGGAAAGGGAGCGGGGAACUGGCCAAGCGCGCUGAGCUCCUCCAUCCAGUCUGAGCACAGCCGAUGCAGGGCGGUUGAGGAGAAGCGGCUCAGAGCUUGCUGGAAAAGUUAGCCAUCAGUAUGGGUCCUUCCUGUGGGACAUUCCUGAUCUUGGGAUGCCUCUUGACAGGACCAUGGCUAGCCUCCUGCCAGUCUUUGUUGCCCACAAUUCUUCCAAACCAAGAUGAAAUGGUUGUGCAGCUGAAUUCCUCCUUCAUCUUGAAAUGCUCUGGAGACAGUGAAGUGAGCUGGCAAUACCCAAUUCCUGAGGGCAACUAUACUAUGGACAUCAGAAAUGAAGAAAACAACAGUGGUCUUUUUGUGACUGUGCUUGAAGUGUUUGGCGCUUCAGCUUCUCACACUGGAUUGUACACUUGUUACUACAAUAACACUCAAGAGGAAGAUGGUGAGGUGGAAGGGAAGGAUAUAUAUGUCUAUGUACCAGAUCCAGCUGUUCCUUUUGUUCCUACUCAAGAAGAUGAGUUUGUUGUCCUCACUGAAGAAGACGAGUCCUCCAUCAUCCCUUGCCGCACAAGUGACCCUAAUGCUCAAGUAACGUUAAUGAACAGUGAAGAGAAAAUAAUUUAUGCCUUUUAUGACAACAAGCAGGGCUUCAUUGGAAACUUCUCUGCAGGCUCCUAUAAAUGCAAAACCACCGUUAAGACAGUAGAGUUUCUGUCUGGUGAAUUUGUUAUCUAUAUUUACAAAGCUACUUCACAUCUUCUUGUUGAGAUUGAGUCCCGCAAGACUGUAUAUAAAACAGGAGAAACCAUUGUUGUAGCUUGUGUGGUCUUGGAUAAUGAGGUGGUGGACUUACAGUGGAAUUAUCCAGGGAAAGUGAAGAACAAAGGUAUAAUCACACUGGAUGACAUCAAAUCUCCAACCCAGAAGCUGGUUUACAAUUUGACCAUUCCAGAUGCUUCAGUGAAGGACUCCGGAGAGUAUGAAUGUGCUGUUGUACAUGUGACCAAAGAUUUUAAGAAAACCAAAAGAGUUGUCAUCACUGUUCAUGAUAAAGGGUUCAUUCAUCUGGAACCCCAUUUUAGCCCCAUGGAAGCUGUCAAUCUACAUGAAGUUAAACGCUUUGUAGCUGAUGUGCAUGCAUACCCAGCUCCAAAAAUAUUUUGGCUGAAGGACAAUGUGACUCUGAUGGAGAAUCUUACAGAAAUUUGCACUCGCUCCAAGCAGACCCAUGAGACAAGGUACCAGAGUGUAUUAAAAUUAAUACGGGCCAAGGAAGAAGACAGUGGGUACUAUACUCUUGUAGCACAGAAUGAAGAUGAAAUCCAAAGAUACACUUUCUCUCUGCUUGUACAAGUUCCAGCUCUAAUUCGAGACCUGGUGGAUAAUCAUCAUGGUUCUGGGCAGACAGUAAAAUGUUUGGCAGAAGGGACACCCCUCCCUGAUGUGGAAUGGCUGGUUUGCAAGGACAUUAAAAAAUGUAGCAAUGAUACCUCUUGGACCCUUCUGAUGAGCAAUGCCUCAGAUAUUACUAUGAAGACUCAUUUGGAUGAGAAAAACAUGGUGGAAAGCCAGGUGACCUUUCAAAAGGUGGAGGAAACACUGGCUGUUCGAUGCAUGGCAAGGAAUGAUCUUGGCACUGUCACACGGGAACUGAAGCUUGUGGCUCCUACUUUUAGAUCACAACUGACUGUGGCUGCUGCAGUCCUUGUGCUGCUGGUGAUUGUAGUCAUUUUGCUGAUUGUCCUGGUCAUAAUAUGGAAACAGAAACCAAGAUAUGAGAUCAGGUGGAGAGUCAUUGAGUCCAUCAGCCCUGAUGGCCAUGAAUAUAUUUAUGUGGACCCCAUGCAGCUUCCCUAUGACUCAAGAUGGGAGUUUCCUAGAGAUGGAUUAGUGCUGGGCCGAAUCCUUGGCUCUGGAGCUUUUGGGAAAGUAGUUGAAGGAACAGCAUAUGGAUUAAGCCGGUCACAACCAGUGAUGAAAGUGGCUGUGAAAAUGCUGAAGCCCACAGCAAGAUCCAGUGAAAAGCAGGCUCUCAUGUCUGAAUUAAAGAUAAUGACUCAUCUUGGACCUCACUUGAACAUAGUGAACCUGCUAGGAGCAUGUACAAAAUCAGGUCCAAUUUAUAUCAUUACGGAAUACUGCUUUCAUGGUGACUUGGUAAACUACCUCCAUAAAAACAGGGAUAAUUUUUUGAGUCGACAUCCAGAAAAGCCCAAGAAGGAUUUGGAUAUCUUUGGGAUGAACUCAGCUGAUGAAAGUACUAGGAGCUACGUCAUCCUAUCCUUUGAAAAUAAUGGUGAAUACAUGGAUAUGAAACAAGCAGAAACCACUCAGUAUGUGCCAAUGCUAGAAAGGAAAGACAGAUCAAAAUAUUCCGAUAUCCAAAGGUCUUUGUAUGAUCGGCCUGCAUCAUAUAAGAAGAAAUCUGUGUCAGAAUCGGAUGUCAAGAACCUCCUUUCUGAUGAUAAUGCUGAAGGUCUGAGUUUGUUAGACCUACUGAGCUUCACUUACCAAGUUGCACGGGGAAUGGAAUUCUUAGCUUCUAAAAAUUGUGUACAUCGUGAUCUGGCAGCUCGUAAUGUUCUUCUGGCUCAAGGGAAAAUAGUGAAGAUCUGUGACUUUGGUCUGGCUAGAGACAUCAUGCAUGAUUCAAAUUAUGUUUCCAAGGGCAGUACCUUUCUCCCAGUGAAAUGGAUGGCACCCGAAAGCAUUUUUGACAACCUGUAUACAACCUUAAGUGAUGUCUGGUCUUAUGGCAUUCUGCUGUGGGAAAUAUUUUCUCUUGGUGGCACUCCAUACCCUGGCAUGAUGGUUGAUUCUACAUUCUAUAACAAAAUUAAGAGUGGUUAUCGGAUGGCAAAACCUGACCAUGCUACCAGUGAGGUGUAUGACAUCAUGGUGAAAUGCUGGAACAGUGAACCUGAGAAAAGACCUUCUUUUUAUCUUUUGAGUGAAAUUGUGGAAAAUCUGUUACCUGGAGAAUACAAAAAGAGCUAUGAGAGAAUUCACUUGGAUUUCCUGAAGAGUGACCAUCCUGCUGUCACACGCAUGCGAGCAGACUGUGACAAUCCCUACAUUGGCGUCACUUACAAGAAUGAAGACAAGCUGAAAGACAGGGAGAGUGGAUUUGAUGAACAAAGACUUAGCGCUGACAGUGGCUAUAUAAUCCCCCUGCCAGAUAUUGAUCCUGUUUCAGAAGAUGAACUUGGCAAAAGAAACAGGCACAGUUCCCAGACGUCUGAAGAAAGUGCCAUUGAAACUGGUUCCAGCAGUUCAACAUUUGUCAAGCGAGAAGAUGAGACCAUUGACGACAUUGACAUUAUUGACGACAUUGGAAUGGAUUCCUCAGAACUGGUUGAAGACAGCUUCCUGUAACUCUGAAGGAUAUCAGGGACAUCUUUUGAGGGAAGCUCAGCAUACAAUUCAUGGACUUCUGACUCCCUAUGGAAAACCACUUUAAUGGAUUGCAAAGCAAGUAAAAAACUUGCAAGGCCAGGUGUCCCAACAAAGGGCACAGAGAUCUUGUCCUGGUUCCUGAGACAUACAUUCCAAUACUUUUGGAAAUCAGCUCUUAAGCACUGUUCCUUGCAGUACUUCUGUAGCAUCUCAGUAUUGUUUGCAGUUUAAUAGGCAGAUGGAUAAAAGAAAAGGCCAUGGACAGUCCAUUUUGUGUUUCAAGGGCAUUCACAACUCAGGUGGAUAACAUUUCCACUAUGGUGAAACCUCACCAGUGUAACUAUGUAGAUAUCUGUCCGUAGCCGGAUAUUUUGUGAUGUGUGUGGAAUAUGGAUCUUUUUUAGAAGACCACUCAAGACUUCUGCAUAUUUUUCUCCUUCAAUCUCAUUAUAAGCUGCUGUUGAACUGUCACAUGAGAUGAAGUACAUGUAAAAAAGAAACCACUUUUGAAAGUCAAAGGAAUUGGUACUAGGUAACAUUUUACCUUUUUCAUUUAAUACAAAUAAAUGGGAAUGAUAGUAUUUCCAGUUCUUAUUCAAUAGCUUAGUAAAACUAGCAGUUCUUAAUAACCAUAGGGGAAUAGCUGUUUGCCUACUACUACUGUUCUCAGUAUCACUAAGUAUAGUUUAUAACUACUCCUUGUCCUGCAUUAAAAACACAGUGCUUUAAAACAGUACUAAUGAACUAAAAUGUUUUAGAAUUUAAACAUUUACAUGAAACAAAUGUUCUCUUAACAGCUUUGAUAAAUUGAAACUAGUUUAGUAAGUAGGAAAAGCUAAUGUAUUCUAAGGAAUUCAGAUGUACGUUUCCAUCCUUAGUGGAAUGGCUUUCCUAAUUAGAUGAAUUUAUAUGCUAGUGAAUCCUCUUUUGAUUCAAUGGACCUUCUAAAAAACUGAAGUUAUUUUUAAAUCUUCAUUUGCAACCAAGUUUCUCGAAUUAUUGUGCAGUAGAUGUGUAGCCAAUCAAUCAAUAGCGAGGCUGCUGGGAGUAUUGAAGAAAUACACAUCUGAAAGUUUGUUUUGGGUUUACAUGUGACUAAUUGAUUUGAUACACCAAAUGCUUUUUCUAAAAAAGCUUCUUUCUGAGCCUGGGAUUUCCAAUUAAGUAUGUAUUCACUUUGCAAGAAAUGUUCUAGUUUUAGUAUCUCAUUUUAACAGAAGAUUAACUGGAUUCUGUUGUCCUUGUCAAGUCUUACCUAUGGAAGUCAACAAGUAGGAGUCUUUUACAUCCAUUUCAACAGGUAACUGGAUCAGGAGGAAAACAAUUGUUUUUAGAGGCCUCUCCACCCACUACAUUUUUGUAGAUGAUGAUGUACACUGGCUGAUAUAUACACAAGGAAGCACUGAUGCAGCGAAAGGAGCAGAUGAACUGCACUUCCAGACUAACUGCACUGGUGCACUGGGAAAGGGGCCAUUUUUGACACCCUUCCCUUCCCCAGGAAGCCCUCUGUGCCCCCCCACAUAUGGGAAGGGGGUUUGCAAAAAAUGGCCUCUUGCAUAGGUGCAGUUAGCUGAGAAGUGCUAUUAGCCUGCUCCUCUCACUGUAGUGGUGCUUCCUUGCUUUGGAUGGCAGCCACUAUUUUCAAAACAUACGGUGGGCUGCAGUCCCCUGCAGAGUGUACACUCUGUGGCAAACCUGUCUGUGUGAUGUGUGGAGUGAUUAUCAGCAGAACUGGUGGUUUUAGGCAUUCUUAAAAAUAUUUUGUAUCAGUUCUUUCUCAAUCCGCAUUUCUUCUGUAUCUGUCAGUGCCUCCGUGUGGAAGUUGUUUGUUUAGCUUGUGAUUUUGUCACAAAGUGUAAAGAACUCAUGAACAUGAAACAGGGCAUGAAUUAUGAGGGCUGGAAGAGCAUGGCCCCCCAAAAGAGAUUCCAUUAUUUUCAUUAUCGUAACUUCAGUGCUUAGUUUCUACAAAGAUAAACGCCAGGUGUUAAACCUACCUGGGAUGGGAAUUGUGAUAUUAGCCUGAGAAGCCCUGAUUCUUAAUCCUAAAUAUGCACAGAGCUACAAUUUGCCUGGUGAGGGAACUGAAGUCUGCAAAUGCUCAGAGGCAUGCUUGUUUGUUAUUACAAACCACAUGCCAGGACUCAGGCCUGGUAUUGAAAUCAGAUGCUAUAACUGAGUGCAGGCAUAAAUAAAACCUUGCAUAUAUCUAGUCCAGCAUGGAGGCUUGCUGACUCUUUGUGAUCCCUAAGUAUCGCAAAGGAUAGUGAUUGGAUUUGGCCAGUGCUGACCACUCUCAGCAAUGUGGCAUUUUCUGUGACAAACUCACAGGCUUAACCACAACAGUUGUGGCUCCGUAAAUUAUUGAUGGACUGAUCACAGAGUUAGCACAAGAAUGUAGCAUGUGCUAGAGACAGCGCUGUGUUGGUGCUCAGCUCUGUAGCAACUGAAUCUGAUGAUGUUACUGAGCUCCACUAUUUGAUUAUCAGCACCUGAUAGGAGUAAACAAAGCAAUGCAACCUGAACCUUUGGGUUGGGCCAGUGGUGAGGCAAGUCUACACUUUCAGUUCAUUUGAUGCAGAAUAAUACGCUACAACUUAACGUGAAGCACCAUGUGAUGCUUCUGUGCGACGCGUACAGAGUGCUGUUUCAUCUUCACAAACAUAGGUAGAAUCUUGCCAAAGUUAAGAACCCGGAAGUUCCAUAGAUUUCAAUGGGAGAGAGUUAAGCAUGUACUUAGCUUUUCUAUUGAAACCCAUGGAAUUUAAAUGUGCUUUCUUAUGGCUGGUUUAUCUGUGAUUGAAAUGAUCAUUGUGGCUCCGAAUGCCAAAACAAAAUGGCUACUCUGAUAGUCCAAGUCAUUUUCAUUAUAAAUGAAGCCAGUGCAAUGGCUGGCGACCACAGUUGAAUUUGACUUACUUGCACAUGUGCAUUUGGUAUGGAUCAGGUCUUCCCAUGUUUUGCAGAUCUUCAUAUCUGACUGGCCACUAAAGUAUAAGCUGCAAUCUUCUUGCCUUGUUUCCUCUUGUUGUCUUUAUUAUGUAUCUCACAAAACAGAAUGUAUGUGUGUAGCUAGCCUUUUGCACAUAAAGCUCAGAUGUGGGUUGUACAUUCACAUGGCAAUGUAUGUCUGGAUAAUAUCCAGGUGGACAUUGUUAUCCAUGCUGCACAUGUAGGGAUACACAAUUCCACCUGCAGUUAGGAAUAUGUAUCCCCACUUACUUUCUCAUGCUAGUCAUGCACAAUACCUUUUGUGAUGUAAUUAUAGCUGGAUUGGAGCCAGGCUCCAAGUGUGGACCAAAACAAUUCUUUGAUUUACAAUCCUAUACAAAUUUGUCCUAAUGCUGCAAUGGACUGCACAUCUUAAGGUUUUCAAAAGUCAACACACUCGUGCAGGAGAUACCUGUUGGGGGAAGUCUUCCAAUACUAGCCUGGGGGGCAGAAUUUUGUAUUUUAGCAUUGUUUUGACUGCCUGAAAAUGUAUUUAGUUAUUUUUUUCCUUUUCUUUAUUGUGGCUCAUUUUUGAGAAGAAAAAGAAAUGCCCAGGUUCUGUCUGUUCCAUUUCAUAUAAUGACAAUCGAAUCUUGCCUGUGAAACACAACUUUCCCAGUUUUAAUGGCUGACCCUGUUCCUUCAAAUGUGGUCUGCAAUUGUACAAAACAGUCCUAUGAUAUAACAAGGGACAUAAGAUAAGGUGAUGUUAUACAUCAAUAUGUAUAUAUGUAUUUUUAUAUCGACUUUGAGAGUACUGCCAAAACAUUUAUGACAAGCUGUAUCACUGCCUUUGUUUAUACUUUUUUUUUACUGUGAUAUACUCCACAGGCACGCAAACUGUUGCACUUUUAAAUGUCCAAAAUUUAUAUUUUAGAAUGAUAAAGAAAAGAGCGUAAGAGUUUCCAAGAUGCUGGUAUUGCAAAAUGUUUGAAAAGAACAAGCUAGAAUGGGUGACCAUAGGUACAAAAUGUAAUGCAGAUGCCCCUGUUCUUAUUUUUUCUUUAAAAACAUGUAAAUUAAGAUCUUUAUAUUUCAAUAAAUGAUAUAUAAUUUAAAGGUA